CCUCACCACAGCCAAUUCAAUAUGAAUUUUUAGUCAAUGUUAUCGUCUUCCUCUCAAACAGUGACAUGCACUGCAAUGCCCUAAUUGCAUCUAAAUGCAUGUAAACAAGGUGAGGAUCAAAGGCCCAAACUGUGCUCCCCAUGGUCCUAUAUAUUCCUGGUUACAGUAUUUCCUGAGGCCAGAACAGUCACUCUUCCUCUAGCAUUGAUGGAACUUCUGUGCAGUGUCAAUCUGCACCAGAGAAAUGGGAUAGGUCAGAAUGCUGUGCCGAUUGGGAAGCAUUUUGGUGAUAUCCUAACUGACAUUAAGGCUUCAUACGUGGUUGGGGAUAGUGUCACAGCCCAAUUUGUUGGUGCCAACCUGCUAAAUGUGGCUCUCGGGCUGCUUGAGGUCAACAUGAGCACGAAGCUUAUAAUCACUAUCAAGGCUGCUGUAUCUCCCACUCUCAGAAACACCAUUGGAGACAAGAAGACCAUGUCUCUGACCCUCUGGUCCAACAUAUACAGAGCUGUUGAUCAGGCUAUUUCGUGGCUAUCUGGUGAGAAAGUACAUGUCGAUGGAGAAGGGAAGUUGAAUGAAUGGGUUGUUCCCACUUCCAUGUUAGCUACUGUUAUCAGGAUUGUGUCGACUUCAAUGUCCAUGCAGGAAAUGCCACUAUUUCUAUACCAUUUGCUUGCCAUGACGUUCUUGUGCAUCCAGAUCAGCCUCAUCAUUCUGGAUGAACAGAAUGAUGGGACUGACUUGGCAGGUCAAAGAGAUAGAACACUAGCUUUUUGCCAUAGACCAUAA